AUGGCAGACAUUCGUGCGAACGCUGCGCAAUUUGGCGCGGGAAUCGUCGAGAUCUCCGCAGUCGCAACUCUGAUCGGAGGGCCAGUUGCGGAGGCGCUGACCGUCGGCCUCAAAUCUGCGGCAGGUCUCCCCUGGGCUUCCAUGAGCACCUUUGGCCUGCUCCACGUUGCGAAGUCGUCUCUCGCCGCCGCGGUACCCGAUUGGAUUAGGGAAGCUCUAGGCUUGCAAAAUGACCAUGUCGAGCAGGCAAUCGGCCUAUGUGUUGCUCUGCAGAAAGAAAAGCAAGCCAGGAACAGGGUCGAUCUGCGCGAUGUGAAGGGUCUGAGCAUACUCUACCAAGAAGAUGAAGACACAGAUACUAGCAUACGCGGUGUGACAGUGAAGUGUUCGGACCAAGAAGAGAAGUGUGUCGUGGAGCAAGAACAUGCACUGGUUGAUGACCGUCGCGGAGCCUGGUUCACCAACGUCAGACUCACUCGGAAGCAUUCUCGGCAUCAAAACCCUAGUAGACCGCUCUCUAUUUACCGUCUGGACAGGACCUCUCUCCUCGUCCUCGCCACAGUGCAGGAGUCGGAACGUGGGAAAAGUAUACCCAUCCACGAAUUCGUCCCAGAUCUUGCGGGACAGCCCAAGCUGUGGAAGGACUGGUUGACGUUGGCGACCUCUCUGAGCAAACUUGCAGAGGUCAUAACUCUUCGGCUCCUCGGCGCCAAUUCCUUAUACUGGCUCUCAGCACUCCCCUGGGCCUAUGGGAUUUGCGCUGCGCUCUUCCUCAUGGCAACACGAUCCUCGAGAGACCACCAGACAAGCCUACGCUCGGACAUGGUGGCCGGUUCUCUGCCAAUGCCCCUACACGGAGGCCAAGCUGGAACGCUGGUCCUGGGAAUGCCCGUAAACAUCCGCAGAUUUACCAGAUGGCGCGUUGUCUGGUGGCUCUACUCGCUCGUGUCACUGACCGGUUUGCUUGGUGUGUUCCUCGUUCUGGGUCAUAACGCAGGCGAGAUCAUUUAUACGUGGAUAGGUUUUCAGACAUUGUGGAUGAUUUGUCGUACGCUUGUAUUCUAUCUGCUAGAAGGGGCUGCGGGAUCCAGACAAAGUCUCGUCGUGGAACGGAAAUGGGCCGAUUGUUCUUACGCUUUAAGACGCCGCUGUAUGCGCCUGAUCCUAACUCUAGCGGAGCAACAGAACACCCUUCAUCCACGAGGUGUGGAACAUUACCAGCAAGACUUGAUGGACCUCUCAAUCCUGAUACGACGAUUUCAAGAUGCAGGUUGGUCUUUGGAAGACCAUCUGUCGUUUGAACACGAACCCUUGUUGUCCAAAAUUAACAUUGUCGACGUCGUCGGCGACAAUCUUCUUCGAUCAGUCAGCUGGAUGAGCGGCGGGUCUUUAAGCAACUCGGAACUCUACGACUGUGCACUAGUGUUCAUCAGGUUGGGCGAGAACACGAUUGCCGUUCCCGCCGUCCGAGUCAUGACAUGUCGCUGCCAAAGGGAAAGGUCCCGGAGGUGGCCUCGGGGUGACUCUCACGGAGAGUUCUGCAAAAACAUGGAUUGGAUCUUCUGGAUCCCAACUCAUCUCGGCCCCGGCGAUGAGACUCAGUAUUGGCUUUAUGUCUCUGGAAAAGGGACGAAAGGCGUCUUGAGCUGCACCUUGCUUAAGGCUGAUGACUUGGACGAGCGGCUUGCAGGCCAUGAAUGGCUUAUCAGCCUGCGGUCGAUUGCAGAGAUCCAUGCCAUCGUGCAGAUUUCUCGGCAGGCAGCCCGUCUCUUGAUGAGUUUUGUGUUAGGUUUGCUGCCACCCCAAAACAAGUCAGAUACCUCUCAACAGUGA